CGCAGGCGGCCCGGCUAUCCCAGCCGGUCAACUGGGUGGUUCCGCUCGGACCCAGGCCCCGGUCCCAGCCUCGAGGUAACCCGGCAGACCUGCGGGCCGAGGUCCUGUUCAGGUCCGCAGCUUGCAACACUGCGCGGGAAUGAGCCUGGGCGGAGGUCUGGUUUCUACCUUGUAGGGAGGAUCCGGGCCGGACCAAGUGCCCUGCCGAGGGGGACUCGGACGGGCGCCCUCCACCCCCGCACUUCUGCAUCAUUCGCCCGGCCCGGCACCGGGCACCGGAGGGGCAGCUCCGCCCCCUGAAAGAGGGCGACUGGGCCCCCGCAGGAGCCAGGCGAACUCUGCAGGAGGGAGGGCGCGGGGAUCCCGCCGCCCUUCCCAGGGCCACCAGGUAGAGCCCCAGACUGAACAGACCCGCAGUUUUUCAGGCUCCGAAGGUCUGUUUGGGAAGGUAGCUGAGAGGCGGAGCAGAAACUGCCCAGAUGGGAGGUUCGGUUCUGGGGCUGAUCCUGUCAGCAGCCUUCACGGACCCGCGCCCCUGAAGUCUGGCAAGAGCCCCUGCCUGCCUGCAUUCUACGGCGUUUUGGGGUCCUCAACUCCGUUGGCAGCCCAGACCGACGAAACAGCGGGGCUAUGAUACUGGCGUCGGUGCUGGGGAGCGGCCCUCGGGGCCGGCCUUCACUGCGGCCGCUACUGGGACCAGCACUCUCGCUGAGGGCCCGCUCAACCUCUGCCACCGAUACCCACCAUGUGGAGAUGGCGCGGGAGCGCUCCAAGACCGUAACCUCCUUUUACAAUCAGUCAGCCAUCGACGUGGCUGCGGAGAAGCCCUCAGUCCGCCUCACUCCAACCAUGAUGCUUUAUUCCGGCCGCUCUCAAGACGGCAGCCACCUUCUGAAAAGUGGCCGGUAUCUGCAGCAAGAGCUGCCAGUAAGGAUCGCUCACCGCAUUAAGGGCUUCCGCAGCCUUCCCUUCAUCAUCGGCUGCAAUCCCACCAUUCUGCACGUGCAUGAGCUGUACAUCCGUGCCUUCCAGAAGCUGACAGACUUCCCUCCGAUCAAGGACCAGGCGGAGGAAGCCCAGUAUUGUCAGCUGGUGCGACAGCUGCUAGAUGACCACAAGGAUGUAGUGACUCUCUUAGCCGAGGGUCUGCGUGAGAGCCGCAAGCACGUAGAGGAUGAAAAGCUUGUCCGCUACUUCCUGGACAAGACACUGACUUCAAGACUUGGGAUCCGCAUGUUGGCCACUCAUCAUCUGGCACUGCAUGAGGACAAGCCUGACUUUGUUGGCAUCAUCUGUACUCGUCUGUCACCCAAGAAGAUUAUUGAAAAGUGGGUGGACUUUGCCAGACGCCUGUGUGAACACAAGUAUGGCAACGCCCCCCGCGUCCGCAUCAAUGGACACGUGGCUGCCCGCUUCCCCUUCAUCCCUAUGCCGCUGGACUAUAUUCUACCCGAGCUGCUCAAGAAUGCCAUGAGAGCCACAAUGGAGAGUCACCUAGACACUCCCUACAAUGUCCCAGAUGUGGUCAUCACCAUCGCCAACAAUGAUAUCGAUUUCAUCAUCAGGAUUUCAGACCGGGGUGGAGGAAUUGCUCACACAAACUUCGAGCGGGUUAUGGAUUACCACUUCACUACGGCAGAGGCCAGCACACAGGACCCCCGCAUCAACCCUCUCUUUGGCCAUCUGGACAUGCACAGUGGCAGCCACUCAGGACCCAUGCAUGGCUUUGGCUUCGGGUUGCCCACAUCAAGGGCCUACGCAGAGUACCUUGGUGGUUCCCUCCAGCUGCAGUCCAUGCAGGGUAUUGGCACAGAUGUCUACCUACGGCUCCGCCACAUCGAUGGUCGGGAGGAAAGCUUCCGGAUCUGACCCCUGGCUUGCUUGCUGGCUCACACUAGGCCACAUACCCUGCCAGGACCUUCUGAGUUGGGCGUGGUGGCACUGUGCUCCACACACUGCUGCAUCUUGGGUCUUUAGGCCCCAGCCAAACGGACUUACAUGGAGCUGGGCGCCACUCCUCCUUAGCAGGUCCCACUGGUUCCUUACCUCCAGGACAUGGAGGGGAGGAAGUGGGAUCUCUGGGACUCUAGCACCAGCUCUGUCAUUUUUGUUCCUGGGGAACCCCUAUUUGACCUGCUGUUUGUUAUUAAAGUUCAUAUUCUCAAUGCC